UGCAAUGCUCGGUCAGGUACUUCGGUUAGAGGCGGCCAUAUUCAUCUAUGGGAAAGGAACGCUACAGCUGCUCUGUGCUCUGUUCCCGUAUGGUCCUGUCCUACCGACAGUCCCGACUCCGGUGUCUAAUCUUCCCCAUGCAGAAGGUGUAAGUGGCUCGGAUCUGGCUCUUAUCCGACCUUGAAGGCGGAAUCUCCAGUAGGUUCUCAGCGGGGGGAGAUGCGGCUUGGAGCGGUGGUCUAGCUCCGACUGCGAUGCCGUUCUCCCAGCCGCAUGAACCCUGGGACAAAAUGGAGGUGACCAGCGUUAGUAGCGAGGUCAAUGGGCACCAGAUCCUGGAUGAGCCCAUGGAUGAGGGAGAUGCUUUCACUCACUGUGAUGAUGAUGCGUCGUAUUCGGAGAUCCCAAUCACCCACCAUGUUAAGGAGGGAUGUGAGAAGGCAGACCCUCGUCACUUUGAGCUGCUGAAGGUUCUGGGACAGGGAUCUUUUGGAAAGGUGUUUCUGGUCAGAAAGAUCAUUGGUCCCGAUGCCAGCCAGUUAUAUGCAAUGAAAGUCCUGAAGAAGGCGUCUUUGAAAGUCAGGGACAGGGUUCGUACCAAGAUGGAACGAGACAUACUUGUGGAAGUGAACCAUCCCUUCAUAGUGAAGCUGCACUAUGCGUUCCAGACAGAAGGGAAGCUCUAUUUAAUUCUGGACUUUCUCAGGGGAGGAGACGUCUUCACGCGCUUAUCCAAAGAGGUUAUGUUUACAGAGGAAGAUGUCAAGUUCUACCUAGCAGAGCUGGCUCUAGCCCUGGACCACCUGCAUCACCUCGGCAUCGUUUACAGAGACCUCAAACCAGAGAACAUUUUAUUAGAUGAAGCUGGACAUAUCAAACUAACAGACUUUGGGCUGAGUAAGGAGUCAGUGGACGUGGAUAAGAAGGCCUACUCCUUCUGUGGGACGGUGGAGUACAUGGCUCCCGAAGUGGUCAAUAGGAGAGGUCACACCCAGAGUGCUGACUGGUGGAGCCUUGGAGUACUAAUGUUUGAAAUGCUGACCGGGACAUUACCAUUCCAGGGGAAAGACCGCAACGAGACCAUGAACAUGAUCCUUAAAGCUAAGUUAGGAAUGCCUCAGUUUCUGAGUCUAGACGCCCAGUCUCUCCUGAGAAUGCUUUUCAAACGCAACCCUGCCAACCGCCUGGGUGCAGGGGCUGAUGGGGUGGAGGAGAUUAAACGACACACCUUCUUCUCAACUAUUGACUGGAACAAGUUGUUCAGGCGGGAGCUGCAACCUCCAUUCAAACCCGCCGCAGGAAAACCUGACGACACCUUCUGCUUCGACCCCGAGUUUACUGCUAAAACACCGAAAGACUCCCCAGGUAUUCCUCCCAGUGCAAACGCCCAUCAACUGUUCAAAGGGUUCAGCUUCGUUGCUCCAGCCUCUCUGGAAGAUACCAAGGUCUCCCCUCUACUCAGCAUACUACCUGUUGUACAGGUACACACACUCCCUCUACUCAGCAUGCUGUCUGUUGUACAGGUACACACACUCCCUCUACUCAGCAUGCUGUCUGUUGUACAGGUACACACACUCCCUCUACUCAGCAUGCUGUCUGUUGUACAGGUACACACACUCCCUCUACUCAGCAUGCUGUCUGUUGUACAGGUACACACACUCCCUCUACUCAGCAUGCUGUCUGUUGUACAGGUACACACACUCCCUCUACUCAGCAUGCUGUCUGUUGUACAGGUACACACACUCCCUCUACUCAGCAUGCUGUCUGUUGUACAGGUACACACACUCCCUCUACUCAGCAUGCUGUCUGUUGUACAGGUACACACACUCCCUCUACUCAGCAUGCUGUCUGUUGUACAGAUGCAUGGUGGAUCGUCCCAGUUCUCAGAUCAGUAUGAGCUCCAUGAGGACAUUGGCGUUGGAUCGUAUUCUAUCUGUAAACGUUGCGUUCACAGAGUUUCAACGGUGGACUAUGCUGUCAAGAUCAUUGACAAGAGUAAGAGAGACCCGUCAGAGGAGAUUGAGAUUCUGAUGAGAUACGGUCAACACCCCAACAUCAUUACACUCAAAGACGUGUAUGAUGAGGGCAGAUAUGUUUAUGUUGUAACUGAGCUGAUGAAAGGAGGAGAGUUGCUGGAUAAGAUCCUGAGACAGAAGUUCUUCUCUGAGAGGGAAGCCAGUGCUGUUCUUUACACCAUCGCCAAGACCGUUGACUACCUCCACUGUCAAGGGGUGGUCCAUAGAGACUUGAAGCCCAGUAACAUUCUGUACAUGGAUGAUAGUGGGAACCCUGACUCCAUCAGGAUCUGUGACUUUGGUUUCUCCAAACAGCUCAGAGGAGGAAAUGGUCUGCUGCUAACUCCAUGCUACACUGCUAACUUUGUAGCUCCUGAGGUGCUGAUGCGUCAGGGAUACGAUGCCGCGUGUGAUAUCUGGAGUCUCGGGGUGUUGCUCUACACCAUGUUAGCUGGAUGCACUCCCUUUGCUAACGGCCCUAACGACACGCCUGAGGAGAUCCUGCUGAGGAUUGGGACCGGGAAGUUCUCCCUGACUGGGGGGAACUGGGACACAGUGUCUGACAGCUCCAAGGACCUUCUCUCUAAGAUGCUACAUGUUGAUCCUCACCAGCGCUAUUCAGCUGAGCAGGUCCUAAAACACGCCUGGAUCACACAAAGAGACACGCUACCACACUUCCAACUCACACGCCACGACGCACCUCACCUCGUAAAGGGAGCAAUGGCAGCCACCUACUCAGCUCUGAGCCAGAAGACAUGUCAGCCCGUCCUGGAGCCUGUCGCUGCCUCUAGCCUGGCCCAGAGACGCAGCAUGAAGAAACUCACCUCUACAGACAUGUAAUGCACAAGGCCCAGAACAGUCUGAGACCAGUUCCAGAACAGUCUGAGGCCACUUCAGGCGAAGCCCAAACCGGUCCAUGACUAGUUCCAGAACAGUCUGAGACCACUUCAGACCAGGAUCAGACCAGUCUGAGACCACUUGAGACGAGGAUCAGACCGA